GGUGAAAAGGGCAAAGGGUUACAUACACAAAAAACAUUCGGAAACCAGUCCUUGGCGGUGUGUCCAUCUCAAUCCAUCAGACGGCGCGCACAGUCUGCAUUCUCGGCGCGUUCAUCCUCCUCCUCGUUGCGGAAAGCUUCUCCGGGUGCUUUUUUAAGAAAUGGCCGAAGGUAAUGGUGAGGUUGUUGAAGAGAUGGCAAAUCAGAAAUCUGGCGAGGGGGGCGACGGCGAACGAACGCAGGACUACUCAAAGCUGUUGGAAUAUGGAUUACACAAGAUGGUCGCGGGGCGGUUGGACGACAUAUACAAAACUGGCAAACUAGCCCACGCUGAAUUGGACGAACGGGCACUCGACGCGCUGAAAGAAUUUCAUGUAGAAGGUGCCUUGGACGUACUGGAUCAGUUCCUAGACUCAAACCUCGAACAUGUGUCAAACAAAUCGGCCUUCCUAUGCGGUGUCAUGAAAACAUACAGGCAAAAGGUUCGAGCAACGCAACAAGGACAACCCACACCGCCUGUUACAGUGCAAGCGAAAGGACCGGACGAGGAUAAGAUUAAGGCGAUCCUGGAGCGAACCGGAUACACAUUGGAUGUCACAACAGGACAACGCAAGUACGGUGGACCUCCCCCAAACUGGGAGGGCAACACACCGGGAAACGGUUGUGAGGUGUUCUGCGGCAAAAUACCAAAAGAUAUGUACGAAGACGAGCUCAUCCCGCUGUUCGAAAAGUGCGGUAAAAUUUGGGACCUCCGAUUGAUGAUGGAUCCGAUGACGGGCACAAACCGUGGUUACGCAUUCGUUACCUUCACCUCACGGGACGCUGCCUCGAAUGCCGUACGGGAGCUGAAUGAUUAUGAAAUUCGGAAUGGCAAAAAGAUUGGUGUAACGAUAUCGUUUAACAAUCACCGACUUUUUGUCGGCAAUAUACCUAAGAAUAGAGAUCGCGAUGAGUUAUUAGAGGAAUUUGCGAAACAUGCACCGGGACUUGUUGAGGUAAUUAUUUAUAGCUCUCCAGACGACAAGAAAAAGAAUCGAGGAUUUUGUUUUCUCGAGUACGAAUCACAUAAAGCAGCCUCUCUGGCCAAGCGACGACUGGGAACCGGAAGGAUAAAGGUAUGGAAUUGUGAUAUAAUAGUAGACUGGGCGGACCCGCAGGAAGAACCGGACGAACAAACCAUGAGCAAGGUCAAAGUAUUAUACGUACGAAACCUAACACAAGACACUAGCGAAGAAAAGCUAAAGGAAAGUUUCGAGCAAUUUGGUCGCGUCGAACGAGUGAAGAAGAUAAAAGACUAUGCAUUUGUUCAUUUUGAAGACCGUGAUAAUGCCGUCAAAGCAAUGAAAGAUUUGGAUGGCAAGGAGAUUGGUGGAUCUAAUAUAGAAGUAUCUCUAGCUAAACCCCCGUCCGAUAAAAAGAAAAAAGAAGAAAUCCUGCGAGCCCGUGAAAGGCGCAUGACUCAGUUUCUACAGACUAAAAUUGGUAUAGUGAGUUCGGUACCAUCUUUUCCCAGCAUGUCACCACACCAUCCUGGUAUGAUGCCUGGCGCUAUGCCCCCAUUAAGAGUUCCCAGUGGAGCUGGCGGUGGUCCAAGAGGUGCCCCGAUGAGGGGAGCAGGCCCGAUGGGCCGUGGCGAAUACGCAAUCGGUAAGCGCAAAUUUGAAGGAGGUCCUCAUAACCAAGGGGAUAUAAAGCGACGCUAUGGAGCAUUAGCAAAUUUUGGUAAUAACUGGGGAAGUCAACCUUUGCCUCAACAGCCACUAGGGACGAACGGUGGAGAGCAAUGGUACACCGAUACCUACUCUGCGUGGAGUUAAGCUAACUUACACAUACCCGUUGAAAUUAGCUUUGUCUCUAAUCCAACAUUCAACAACAACAAUAUGAUCAUUUGCUCUUGUAUACAAGAACACCUAAAGCAAAGCAAACACAACAUAAAUAGUUCAUCUGGUAUGAUUGGAAGUUUUCCUUUUCUUUUUCAAUUGAGUAACAUUAACUAAAGGGGAAUAAAGUAAAUUUUCUAACUACACAUUUAUGGUUAAAUUUUACGCAAAAGUCACAUAGUAAAAAUCAUAAGACAUAGCUGACUAGGCACUGUUGGAAAUGGCACGGCGUUUAAUGAGCGAAAUGGGAAAAUGGAAAAAUGACUGAUUUCAUUUGGCACACAAAUCAUACCAAAACGAUGUUACUCAGUAAACGAGAAGUAGCUUCCCAAACUACGAUUGGAACGCAAAUUGUAGCAAACGUCACUGAGGGAAAUUUCUAACAAAGAUCAAAUGGCGCAACAUCAAUACAAAAAAGGGAAAUAACAAAUUGGUAAAUCGGACACAGGGAAAAUGUUGUAUAAAAAAUGUGUUUCGGUAUGUGAAAAUAUUUCGAACCGAGCGUGUAUUAAACUUCGUGUUUGCGUUUGCGAGAUGAGAAGAGUGCUUGCAGUAAUUUUAAACAUGUUCAUCUUCAGUUUUAUCUCCAAUUUCCAAUCGAUCAUUAGUUCCAAUUUUGUGGAUUUAAAAAAAGCAGUCGUGUUACCAUUUUGAAUAGCUUCCCCACAAAUGACAAAUGGUAGAUCACUGAACAAGUGAGACAAAUUCAAAAUUAUUAUACAACAACGAAAUAAUCGAGAUCUCCACCGUUUUAUAAAAUUGAUAGUCGCAAAAUAGGUACGUAACAAAACAGGUUCCCUAGGGCUUGUAUUUACCAUUAAUUUCUAAUUGCUUAACGAAACAGACGUAGUGGUGAUGCACGUAAGAAGUGAAGAAUAGUAUGCAAAGCGUAGCACAUUGAAAGCCAGGCAAACAUGCGUGAAUAGUUCGCCAAGUUUAAAAAUAAAUUUCCAGAAAACUACAUCGGCUGAGUGUAAAUGAGAAAAUUUGAGUUCUCUGAAAAAGUAAAUGCCAGAAAUACAAUAUUUUGGAUAAGAAAGUCCUAAUCGUGAUAGUGAAUGAAAGUUGAACACUCGUUUUCUCGGUUUUUUUUUUGUUUCGUUAAUAGAAAUCAUUGGAAAAGGAAAAAGUUUAUUUUGAAUUAUGUUGGAAUUGUUUUGUAUUGUUCUUGUUUCAUUAUUAUUUUGAAGCGCAAUAGAAGGCAAACAUUUACUUGCGAAUAAAGUGUAAAUAGAGCGCGGUAUACUUGAAAAAAUUAAAAACAAGGCUCUAACCUCUAAAAGUGAAUACGUUGUGCGAAAUUUCUAAGGAUAAUGUAGCAACGGAUAGAUUUUUAUGUUCAUUCAAACAAUGUGUAUGUAUACAUUCAAUGAGAUGAAAAUUUAAGUGAAAAUGAAAUAUGUGGUGUGAUAUAUUCGAAAAAAGAAGAAAGCAGCCGGUCAAAAACAAUGUCAGAAAAAGUGUAAAAAUGUUUGACAACCCUAAAGUUUGGGUGUAAAAAGUUAAUGUUAGAACUAUUUUGGUUUGUAUAAAUUUAAAAUUAAACUUGCUUAGGGCAUGAAUCUAAUCGAGGAUGAAGAAAAUAUUCGAUAAAAGUGUUCAAAUUUAAUAGGAAUCAAAAUUGGCUAUAAAGUGAUGAGAUAAAACACAGCAAACGAAAAAAAAAGUAAAAGUAUUAUUGGACUCUUUUAUCAGACGGUGACCAACAUAUAUUGGCGAAAAGGAAAAUUUUAUUUAUGUUAUUUAGGAAUUCAUCGUUUUUAUUUCAUGCCCGCAGCCAGUCGUAUAAAGCUACCACAAGGGUGAAAAAUUCCGUGUUCAUUAGAAUGAUUAGAAGCAAAAUUAUAUUCGAAAGCGGUAAAAUGUUUUCCGAGAGAACACAUUUGGCUACUAGCGAUCAAACAAGAGAAAAGAGAAUCAGUGGUAGCAGAAGCAAAAAGCGCAUCUCUUCGCUGACGAGUGGAAAACGUGCAAAAAAUUUAAACGAAAUAAGUCAAGGGUGGAAACUAAUAAAGGUAUAGUCUAAGACAAUAUGAAAAUUGCGCUAUAACGACGAACAAUGGGAGGUCAGAACAAUUAUGGAGGAUAAACUAAUCUCAAAUCCAAAACUAUGACGAAAAUCGAUCAAGAGCUGAUGUGAGAAAAAUCUUGACAAGAGUGAAACGGCUAGCAGUUCUAAACAUAAGCUAAGCAAUGCAAACUGAAUGGCAAAACGGAAAGGAAUAUGAAAAAAGGUGCAAAGAACGAAACAAAAAAUUGAAACCAUCAAAGCAGCCCCAUAGCGUCGUAAAUGCUGCUGCAACGGAGGAAAAAUAUGCAAAAUUUUAGCUCAAACACCUGAACGCGUUGGUGCACGAACACGUUUCAUGAAUCCCUUUGAAACAAAGUAUGAAAUGAUAAAAGCCUUAUCCAAUCAUAUAAGCAGGAAGGAAAAAGAAAGAAGUGGUGGUAUUGUAGCAUUAGAAAGAUCGUGAGGACAACAAUGAUAAACAAAAAGGAUUGCAGUAACAAACGGAAAGUUUACAAUCGAACCGUAUCGAAAAUCAGCAUUGUGUGUGUACUACUUUUUUUUAUACUUAUACUACUUGAAACAGUCCUUUUUUGAAGUUUUUUUGCGCCAAAACAUACAUUUAAAAAUUGAAACAUCCCAAACAUGCUGGACUUACUUCAGUAAACAUUUUACACUACACAUGUUCCGUAAGAGUUUUUUUUCAAUUAUGUCUUUUGUUUAUUUUUGUUUGAUAUUAUACUUUGUUUUCGUUCAUGUUAAUCUAGCCCUCCGGAGGCGUUGUCCACACCAACAGCCUAGCGCAAAGUGUCGAUGUUGGUUACGAUUAUUUUAUAACGUCAUGAGCAUAUGCUUGUGCGUGCGAGAUAACGGAUUGGUAUAAUUAAUCACGGUUACCUUAACAUCAACACAAGUUCAAUACUUUUUCCUCAAAAAGUAAAACAAAAAUAAGUAGUUUUAUUUUCUUUCUUAAUUCAGCCAAGUGUUGCUCAUAGUUUGCAUAUCGUUGAUUUCGUUUUAUGGUAUAUAUAUAUACAUACAUAUAUGUGUUUUAGUUGGUUUGUUGGAACUCUCUUUAUUUGGGGAGACUGUUUAGAGCAGACACACGCUCGGGCUCCAAUAAAAACAGGGCCACAGUGCGAUCGUGGAAUUAUCACAAUGCAGUGGAACAAAAAUGGAAGCGUAACAAACAAAAUUUUAUACGCAAACCAAGGCAAAUAGAACAAUAUCGAGUACGGAUUACGUAUGUGCAAAUCAUCCAUAUAAAUGUCACGAGUUUUAUACCCAGGAAAACAACUGAUUGAAAAUUCCACUGUUUAGAGAAAACAAGCGAUAAAACCCAUUUCAUCACACAAUAACGAAACACAUUGGAGCUAGAAAUAGAUUUAAUAGUCGGAAAAAUACUGUUAUUUAAGGACAGCGAUGAGGACGUGAUAAAAGUUAGCAAAGAUAGUAACGAAGAUAGUGUAAAAGAUAGGGCAUGUGUAACAAGCAAUUGAAACGAAAAGAAGCUGUUGCAGGGGGUACAGCGCGUGAUCGUGUUUUUUUUCUGCUAACGAUUAUCGUCUAUAUUUCGCGAUAUCAAAAUAUGGUGCCCAAAUAUUGAGAGCUGCCUUACGAAAGCAAAGUGGGAGAAAAGACUGAUUGAAACAUAAAACAAACUAAUGUGAGGCAAAAGAAAAUACACGCAAGUUGGAGGGGCAUUUUCUGUUGGAUUUAUUUGGUUUGUGCAUUAUGAAAAGCUGAAACAAAACAAAAACAAUUCAUACAAAGAGAUAUCCACUAAAUUUUUGCACAGAUUUUGUAAACAGAUUGGUCCGCAUUAUAGAAUUUGGUUUUGAUUUUCAUGAACAUUGCCGAUCAUCCAUUAGAACCUGGAUGCACAGUCCAUUAAAAACACAUACAGUGUGUUUUCAUUCACGUGAAUACACUGUUCGACCAUCAACCAAAGCCAAUAGGGGGAAAACAAGAUAUCUUUGAGAAAAGCUCACUCUUUUGUUAGCGCAAUUUGCAUUUUAUAGCGCCGCCAAACUCCUGACUGCUUGUUCGAAUCAUAUACAUAAGCUGCAAACAAACAAGAAAAACUGUUGCCCGAACACAUCUUCGCAUAAAUGAAGGCUAAUGAAAUCAAAAAGCAUAACCAGAAAAUGUCCCAAAUUCAACGGGUAUUGGAAAGAGGAAGGAAAGUUGACGAACAAGGUAAACGAUGGAAUACAAUGAUAAAUUAUGCAAUAUUUGAACAAUAUUUUAUAAUUAAAGCUAUUAUUUAAUGCAAAAUUGAGAGCAAAGCAAUGCGUAAAAGUUUAUAACCGCCCGCGAACCAAUAUACAUUUUUUUUAUUGAAAACAUUUAUUCGAGCAACCAAAUUAAACAUAUUGCCAUUAGCACACACUAUACCAACGCUAACCACAGAAUUCGUUUCUUCUGAUGCUUACAUUACUCUCGAUUGAAAAGCAAAACAAUUUAGUUCACAAAACACAAAACGUAUAUGUUCACCCACCUAUUCACAUUUAUCGAUCCUACUUUUUAUUAGCUUCCAAAAGUUGACCAUGUUUCACGAACGUAUAACGUUUUAUCAGCGAAUCACAUACAUUUCGAGCGAACUGAGAGCAUAUUCUUGUUAGUGCUGUUCUUAAAUUGAUCUGUAAAGCUAAAAAUGUUGCUAUGUAUGUUUUUUUUAUUACGUUUGUAAAAGAAGGGAAAUUUUCAAAGGCACUUACCGUCUGACUACUAGUAAGCUUCGGCAUUUUUGUUAUCUAACUACAGUGACUUUUACUUUUGGUUUGUGUCAAAAUUCAACUCUGCCAUCAGAGUGUCAAUGAGUCUUUGAAUCAUAUUAGAACUUGUUUUGUCUACUUUUAGUCUGUUUCGUUUGUGUUCUAGUUUUUGGUGUAUUGUUCAAUUUACGAAAUCGCCCAGUCUUCAGUCGUUCGUUCAAUAGUUUCAUAACGUAUUUUUUUUAUGGAAAGAAAUAUUUUAAUUGUUUUAUAAUUGCUGCCUGCUGGCUGAUGUAAUUGAAGGUCGGAAGUGGAGGCUUCACAAAAGUACCCAGCGCCAGAGAAUUUCCCUUCUUCUUAUCUUUGUAAGGAAAUGAUUGAAUAAUGAGCUAAAAUAACAAUGCCACAUUUACGUUAAUAAACACAUUUCAUAACACGUCCCUCACCUUUUCGGUACCGAAACCAUGUGACAACUCAAAUGUGCUACUGUUUGAGAGAUACCAAUGUACUGGGGCUACGAAGAAAUCCUAACCUAUUCUUGCCGCGACAGGAACGAAACUCAAAUCCAAAUCCAGUUACAAUUACAGUCCGAUUCCACAAACACCAAGAUUAUUUCGCAAAACAAAUUACGUUGAAAAGCUAAACAAUACGAAGAACGCUGUAUUAGAUUGACGGUAAAAAUUGCUAAGGAUAACGUAUUUAGACAAAAGAAUAAGAUAAAAUAAGCACUAUGAAUCAGUCAUAUUCGAGUAAAAAUUCAAGUAGGAACAGAAAAGUUAUUGCUAUAUAUUUUUGUAUUUUACAUCUUAUUUUUUGAGUAACAGUAGGGUAUACACGUGCGAAUUUUUAGAUAAAGUUACGUCUAUGUUCGUUGUUUUUUUUGUAACCGUACUACAAUUGAACAGGAGUGCAAGAACAUCUUUAUCGAAAAAGGUGGUGAAAGGAAAGAUAGACAUUCUACAGAAUUUGAGCUGACUACAGAAAACCAACUAAAUAGCCAACUAAUAUAUAAGUUUUCCACUUUGUGCGUAAUAAACAUAAAAAAGAAAAUAAAACAAAUAUGUACCUAGCUAAUCUUAAACUUUUCUCACAACGACAGUUGAACUACGCUUAAAGACCAGACGGGGAUAGUCUUUUAGUUUGGAAAAGAAUAUUUUUUCAAUUCCGCAUUCAGGCGUGUCGGUUUUAAAAUCAAACAGUUUUCGAAAGCAUGCGUUUCCUUAUAAUUAUAUAUUUUUUAAAUAUUCAUACACACCUUACCAAUCUACCAUUCAUAAAACAGGCAGAGACUAUAGAUUCAACAUCGCAUACGAACUUUUCACACAACCAAUGCUAGUGUACUACGGCGCACAAUAGUGAAUCGUUGAAGAAACAGCUAUUAGCGAUAUGGUUCGUUUUCCGUUUGUUCAUGAAAGUCCUCCGAUGGAAAAAGGAAAAAAUGAGACACAUAUUUUUUAUUUCUUUCACACAAUGUAACCUAUUUUCAUCUGAACACGAAAUGACUGUUCUCACACAGUAUGAAACAGAUAAAAUUUACAAACAAACUUAUGCGCCCUUGCUAAACCACUAAUCAAACUAGUAGCAGAACCUGUCACGCAGUGGAAUAACGCACUCAAUAGGAACCAUUUUGAACACAAAAGAAAACGAUGGCGAAAUGCCCAACAAAAGCCAUUCUCGUUUUAUAUCGCUUGGUUGCUUCAAUAAGUCCGAUGAUACCGAUAUCGGUUACUCUCGCAUAGUUCUUGGUUGCGAUCAGAAUGCUACAAAUGAUGAAAUUUAAAUUUACAACCGCGCACGGCUUGUACAUCAAAUGUUUUGGCUCGCUCGAUGAGAUUAAUUCUUAAUGUUUAAUUCUGUAGCUUAGUAGUUUAACACAAAAAGUUUGAAAACAAGGCAAAUUUUGAAUUACUACCAGCUGCAGUGGCAAAUAGAUAUUACAUGUAACCGUUGUAAAGUACUGGUCACGCAGCACACAUCAUGUUAUUUUGGACACACUUUUAGUUCUGUGCACCUUCGGGCUUCUUUCGUUUCUUCUCAUCGCAGUAAGCUAUAUUCCGAAUAUGCUACUCAUUAGGCAAUAGAUUUGCUCAUAUUUUAAAGCUAUACAUAAGCGUCAUCAUCACAUUACCGUUCGUGUCAUUGCCAAUUGCCUGCAAUGACGGCGUUUUUUUAUUUCUUCAUAAACUUAGUUUGGCCGAUCUAUAUUACGCACCAUAUUUAAUAAAAAUUGUAGCAUUCAAAACUGAAACAAAUUUUUGUACAACCCACCAACUAACACACAUGCAACACAUAGAAAAAGAUUCUAAUGAAAUAGUUUGUUUAACUAAUAUUUUAUGUUUGUAAACCACUAAAUCAAAAACGGUGAACUGUUGGAAAUUGACAUUUUGACCGGGGAAAGCGAGAAACAAACAAUUGUCUUUGAACCGACAAAAUCACGACAAAGCGCGCCCAAAAGGGGUUUCCGAAGCGGCCAGCGUUUUAAAAUUGAAAAUCAAAUAAAUAACAGACAGGCACUCGCUAGUGUGAACAGUGGUCAAUGAGGGCAUCAUUCAUCAUUAAUCACACUCCACGAAAUUAUGCUACUAAAAAUUAUCCGGUACAAACAGGAAAAAACAACAACUUACACAAUUGAAGGGCUGAAGACAGUGGAAACACUUCAAGUGCGAAGAAUAGAGCACCAUUAGGGCAAGCGAGAACAGAGAGCGAGGCAGAAUAAGUCACAUCAGCAGCAGCAGCAGCAGCAACGUCAUUGAGAUAGGGAUCAUGCGUUCGUUCAUGCCUGUAUAGCAGUGAAAAGGGAACCAACAGGUAGAGCGAUACGGCAAGAGAGUGCGUAGGGCGGUUAGGGAAGAUCAGAAAUAAAAGGAAAUCAUCAACCACCUUUGUAACUGCUCUAUAUA